CCCUCAAAGAUCACAGGUACAGUGUAACUCACGGGUAAAGGAACCAGGUACAAGGAUAAGACUGAAUCAGAUCAGAGGGUGGAUUUCAAACUUCAAAAUGUUUAUGAUUCGUUCAUCUCAACUMCAGUCCGUUCAGAAGUAUUCUGGGGUCUUUUCUACUGGUUACAUCCCGUCCCAGUUGGUAUUUGGUCCCUAUGACGGCCCUCUUAAUAUGGCUUUAAAGACGCGUGACGACAAACACCUUGAUUAUAUAUUAGAGGUUACUUACAAGAAUGGAGAGUUGGUUUGGGUGACYGACCGUCAGCUGUCCUGGGUUCCAUUCAUGAGGUUUGCACGCACGGACAGAGAGCAAAACAUCGAGUUGUUCUGGUAUGAGGGAAGCUUCUUCUUCAGGACCACCAGGGGRGUAGUGAAGGGMGAUGAAUUGGUCGUUUGGCCAUCGUCAAGAAUGAGCAAACGUAUUGGUGUUUCUGRAGUGAAAAUUCAYCAAAUYAAAAUAAACGGUGAGAGUUGCUUAAUUCAGACGAUAAAAGACCUUAUUAUAUAUAUGCCAUUUUGA